GGUGUAAACUGACUAACUGAUGAUGCUGCGGCCAGACGAAAGUAUCAGAUAAUCGGCCCGUCGCAACACAUUAUGGGUGCAAAUAUGGGCAAGAACUCGAGCCUGCUCGACGCGCUACCAUCCACGCAGGGCACGCUCCACGUGGUCAUGCUCGGUCUCGACUCCGCCGGCAAAACUACAGCGCUCUACAGGCUCAAGUUCGACCAGUAUCUUAACACCGUCCCGACUAUAGGUUUCAAUUGUGAAAAGGUUAAAGGUACAAUCGGAAAAUCUAAAGGAGUCAAUUUUCUCGUAUGGGAUGUAGGUGGACAAGAGAAACUCCGGCCCUUAUGGAAAUCAUAUACACGUUGCACGGAUGGCAUUAUAUUUGUUUUGGAUUCCGUCGACAUUGAGAGAAUGGAAGAAGCUAAAAUGGAGCUGAUACGUACAGCUAAGUCCCCUGAUAAUGCAGGAGUACCAAUUCUUGUACUAGCGAAUAAACAAGAUUUACCGGGAGCGAAGGAACCUCGCGAGUUAGAAAAGCUUCUGGGACUACACGAACUCGUGUCAUCGCCUCACGGUUCGCGCGACGCACACUCAUGGCAUGUCCAACCGGCUUGUGCUAUUACCGGCGAAGGUCUUCAUGAAGGUCUUGAAGCAUUAUACGAAAUGAUACUCAAAAGAAGAAAACUGGCCAAAUUACAAAAGAAACGUGUCAGAUAAAUGAUUAUAACUCGUUUGCCUAGUAAUAGUCAAUAGCAGUAGAAAAGUUAAAUAAUGCUCAUGGUAUGGACGUUUGAUUAAUAAUGUCCUGGAUUGAACACCAAAUAUUGUUUUACUAUAGGUUUAUAAAGUAUCAUGAAGAUAUUCCAUCAUAGUGUUGCUCAAAUUUUUUUGAACAUUUUGAGGUGAUAGAAUAUUUUGAUAAUUGAUUUAACCGCUAGAUAUUUUCUUUUGAAAAUAGCUAAGGGAUCAAACUUAACGCCUAAUUUAAUUUCAACUUUGCUAUAAUUGCAGAAACAUGUGUGAAUAUAUAAUGUAAAAUAUACACCGACGUUUAUUACUAUAUAACGAAAUAACUAUAAAUUUUAUCUAAAUUCAAAACAUCAAUGACCCUAUAUUCUAUAGUUUGUUUCAUUUCAUGAACAAAGGUGAAAAAAAAACUCCAAGGCCAUUAUUAUGUAUUUACUAUACGAUUACUAAACUAUUUAAGAACUGAAUACCAAAGUUAAUUUCGUGUUUAAGAAACAGUGUACUGUGUCCGAAAACUAUUUUAUUCCGUCUGAAUAAAACACAUUGUUUAGACGUACGACUCAUAUGAUGACUUGCGUUAGAUCAUAAGUAACACUUUUCCCUAUGUCCUCACUGUUGUUUCAUUCUGUCUUCUAAACUCUUGUAUAUAAACAAGCUGUAAAUAUAUUUUAGGACUGCAUUUACAAUUAUAGAUAUUUCUGUGCCCAAAACAUCACAUAAAUAAAUAAAGACAAGUUAAAUUAAGCAGCAAACAUAUUAAAGCUAUGAAAAUCCUAAAGAAAAGAUUCAGAAAGGAAAUUCAGACCGCAAUAUAGAGUACACAACAAACUGUCAUAUAAAUGUUUACUGAUAGAGGUAAAUUAAUUAGGUAUUUAUUUAUUUACUUACUCAAAUAUAUUACUAGUAUAAUAUAACCAAUGUAUUGAAUUAAAUAAGCUUUUACCAGAAUUUAUGUUACUCACCCUGUAAAUAUGUAAAUUCCAAGUAAAUAGUUAUUCGUUAAUACCAGGAAACCAAACAUUUAUAUGAGUAGAUAGAUUACUUUUUGUUGUUAUAUUUGUUUUAUAAAAAAAAACAUUAAUGAUAUUGUAAUGUAUUGUGUUUUAUGGUGAUACGUAAAUGUUAUUUUUAUUGAAUCCCCGUAAUAAAGUCUGUUUUGAAUAAA